AUGGCUCGAUUUCUACAAGGAGUGAGAAGCAAAAGGAUUCUUAGCGAACUUCAACAAAAUAAUUUGGUAACAAACCUAAGACAUUCUACUGCUGAGGAAAAUGAGCAAAUAUUUAUACAUCAACACGAAAUGUCUGAAAAUAACAUAAACACGCCUUUUUCUGGCAAUUGCUGUAGUCCUGAACAAAGCGAUCUCAACCCUAAUGCCAACCCAAAGGAAGCUAUCAACGCCACCAUCAAUGUUCUAAGUCCACCAGAAAUCUGUAGCUUUGAACCCACAGAAAUCCUUGACAAUAAUGAUUACGAAUCUACUUCUUUAUAUUCAAGCACUCGUCGUCGUCUCGUAGUAAGGUCUUGGUCAUUAUCUGAUUUAACGCAUGAUACAAACAAUAUGAUUAGUUCCCUAAAAAAGUCGCCAUCGGUUCCAGCGUUGUUGGACAUUACCAGUAAUCUUGAUUUAUUGAUUGCGUUUAACAAACCGGAUCAGAUCGAAUCUACAUCAGAUGAUGUUUACCAAAUUCCUGAAGAAAGAAAUUUUGCUGAAGUAUUGGUGACUGGGGACCAACAAGAUUAUGGAGAUAUGGAAGAAGGUCGAAAACGUCGUCACAAUGCUGACCCAAAAUCUUGGAAAAGGAACAAGGCUUUUUUGAAGCGAAUGCGAGGUGAAGAGUAUCUAGGAUAUUCUAAACCAAAAGAUAGGAAGUUCCAACAAGAUACUGUAAGACAAGCAAGACGGCUAAGACCAAGUUGCGUCUCCAAUUUUUGUAAGAAGAGUAAGGUAAGAGGCUGUGAUAGGUUCACUGAGGAUUGUCGAAAGGAUAUACAUAGCAAUUUUUGGAAGAAAAUGACCUGGGAUCAACGAAGAGUUUACGUUACGGGAUUGGUGACACGAUCUAGUACAUCUCGGAAAACUAAAUCGGCUAGUGAACUAUCUAGGCGGGAGGGAACUCUAUCAUAUUUUUUGCCGAUUGAAAAAGAUUGUUCAAAUAAAGUACAGGUAUGUAAACAAAUGUUUUUAAACACCUUAUCACUGGGAUCGUUCACUGUUCAAGCAUGGGUAAAAAAGAGUGAGUUUGGCAUGACUUCAAACCAUGAUGCAAUAUACGAUUCUAAAACAAAGACUCCAAGAGCAGAAGUGGAAACGAAACUUUCGAUUUUAAACAAUUUUUUUACAAGUUUGCCAAAAUUGCCGUCGCAUUACGCAAGAAAAGAUACAGCUAAACUCUUCAUAGAACCAAUCUAUCGUUCUCUUUCCGACUUAUACAAAGCGUAUAAGAAAUAUUGCACUGAAACUUGUCAACCAUACGUUAGUAGAUUUACAUUUGAAAGGAAUUUUCAUGACAAAAUUUGUCACUAUUUACGCUUAAAAAAGGACAUGUGUGACACCUGUUCAAGUUACAAUUCGGGUAAUUUAAAUGAAUCAGAUUACCAAAUACAUAUAAUUAAGAAAAACAGAGCUAGACAAGAAAAAGAAGAGGACAAGAAAAAAGCAGCUGCUGGAGAAUUUAUACUUUUGACUAUGGAUUUAGAAGCUGUGAAGGUUUGUCCUUACCUUACUGCUAGUGCUUUGUAUUUCAAGACAAAGUUAACGUGCCAUAAUUUCACUGUUUUUAAUUUAGUAACCAAGCACUGCAGUUGUUAUUGGUUCGACGAAACUUCUGCUGAUUUAACGUCUAGCACUUUUGCGACGUUUUUAAUUGAUUAUUUAGAAAGACAUUGUAUUCCACAUCAGUUACCAAUUGUUAUUUACUCCGACGGGUGUACAUACCAGAAUCGUAAUUGUGUGCUGGCAAAUGCACUGCUCCUUUUGAGCAAGCAACAUAACGUAAUCAUAACGCAAAAAUUUUUAGAACCAGGUCACACUCAGAUGGAGUGUGACUCGGUUCACAGUACUAUUGAGCGAAAACUCAAAAAUCGGGAAAUACAUUUGCCUAGUGAUUAUGUCACGAUUACUAAAGAGGCACGAAGCACUAACCCUUAUGAAGCAAUUAAUGUAGAUCAUGAAUUUGUUAAAGAUUAUGCCCGACCUGAAAAUAUGCUUUAUAAAAGUAUUCGACCAGGCCGCAAAGCUGGUGAUCCACAGGUUGUAGAUAUCAGAGUAAUAAAGUACAAUAUUAUGACAAUCGAAGUUAAACUGGGUUUUGACGAACAGUUGAUUUCUUUACCGCACAGACCUAGGUUACUAGCUUCGGAAGCAAUCUAUCCUCCACUACAUCCUAACAAAAUUCCAAUUACUGUAACGAAGUACAACCACCUGCAACAACUAAAAGCAGUAUUACCUAAAGAUUGCCAUAAUUUUUAUGACACUUUGCCAUUUGUUUGA